UCAAGAAUGGCCAAACGAGAUAAGAAAUUACGAAUUGUUGGAAAGUAUGGAAGCAGAUUUGGUGCCUCGCUUAGAAAGACUGUCAAGAAGACGGAGGUUACACAACACAGCACCUACACAUGCACCUUUUGUGGUGCGUGGGUUUGCUCGACAACAGCUGCUGCACAAGUACGAAGUGCUAUUCGUCGUCUCAAGAAAAUAAAGGACAUUUAG